AUGACGGCUGAACAAAAUGCUGGCUUACCUAAAAGAAAGAAAGGUGAGUAAAUCUUUGGUUAUUCCCUUUGUAAAGGCGAUAGGAAGACUUGUUACAAGUAGCAACUUGGGGUCUUGUGGCAAUAUCUAACUUCAACUUGCGUCAACGCGUUAAGAUAUUUUCUUUGGUUUUAGCGAGAUAAAAACUAUUGUUUUAGCCUUUAACGUAUAUGUUUAACCCCUCCAAAAAGCUGUAGAAACAAGUUUCGUAUACUGUCAACUCAUGGACUCCCGAGUCUGUACAGUGCGUUGUCUUGUACCGGUCAAGUUUCCUUGCCGCAAGAUUAUUAUCGCUCGCUUUGGUUUGGUGUAGAAUUUUUCUGCAAUAAUGUUUAGUAAAUGCAUCAAAAGCAAUUAAAAUUAAGAUUUUUGUUGUAUUUACCUACCUACAUUCUAAAUUUUUAUUCGCGAAAAAGUCAGUUGACCACGUGUUGUACAACACUAGUCGUAUCUUGUGCAAGCAAACGAAUAUUCUGAGGCAAAAAAGUUCUUCACUAGUUCUUUCUUUAAGUUUCUCUCAGUCUAAGGCGGGAGCCGGUUCCUGUCUAAGGUUAGUUUGAAAAGAAAAAAUACUGUGGGCGACAAUGAGAAUAAAUAUUUUCACAUAACUGUUAAAAUCAUUUCCCGUUUUCUUUUAUUCCAAGAUCGAAUAUGAGGGCGGAAAGCACGUCCGAAGUCCGAAAUCUCGCCCCCCCCACUCCCCCCUCACCUUCCCCUUCCCUCCCACCGUGCGUUAUUUUUAGCUGGAACUUAAGAGUAUUUUUUGGCAUUACAGGUCAAGAAGGAGGCUUGUCCAAACAGGAGAGGAUCCACAUUCGUGAGGUAAUAAAGAUUGCGUUGGAAGAGUUCAAAGAUGAAGACAUUCUGAAGGUGUUGAAAGAGUCUUUAGAGCUGAGGUUAAAGAUCUGUUUCGCUCCGUUUCCUCCCCUUCGACCUGCCAGUAAAAAGGUGUCCUAUAGCAACGGUAAGCAUAAUUAACUUUUUGAUGUUGUUUGUUUCUAUAUGUCAAUAACGAGCGCGACGUAAUGUCGCACAGAGAGGAGGAUUCUUAGCAGUUCAUUCUCGAAAUACAAGGGUGGCUUGCGAGUCAAGGUGAAGCAGAUUUUUAGCGAAUUAGUUUCAGACUGCGGACUGCAUAUAUGCGCCUUCUUUAGGCUCAGUUUAGCUUAAUGAGCUAGAAAAAUGAAUUUUUGCCACAGAUUCAAUGCAAGUGCAACCUAGUCUGCUACACAGAGGUUUUUAGUGUCGUCACGCAACGCUCCUCCACGGAACGUUGCGUGACGACACUAAAAACGGCAGUGUAGCAGACUACUAGGUGCAACCUUGUCCCCAGCACUUUUUUCUUGGAAUCAGAGAAAAGGGAAUACUCUUGGGACGCUACUAGGUUGAUGCAAGUAAAAAUUUCAACGCCUUUUAGUUUUGGCAAAAAGCUCAUAAGAAGUGUACUUCUAAGGGAUUCACCUGGUAGGGGUGAUACAAAUUUUUAGCUUGGAGUAAGGUUAAACUGAAAUAUUUGGGAUACAUGAAGCUUGUACAUCUUGUACAAAAACAACAUAUAAGGACAUUUUAGUCUUUUGUUCAUUUGUCGCCACCUGUAGAAGGGCUGUAGGGGUUGCAAAUGAGAGACCAUGUUUGUGUGACCGGGUGGAGAAGGCAUACAGAUAACACACCCACGGUUGUUUCUUUUUUCCUUUGAAGUAUGCGCUUUGUGCGUGUGAAAUUAAUGGUUUUCCCUUAAAGGAGCCUCAUAGCAAACACACCAUUAUUUGGGGGGUGGGGGUGGGGGGUUGGGGAGGCAAGUUAGCUUUUGUGUUACAAAGCAUUGCCAAUAACUGUGCAUGCAUCUCCGAUAUAGUUGCUAGAUGCAUCAAUGACCGUUCAAAUGACUGAUUAUAUAUUAUUUACAGGAAAUCUUGUAGGUUAUAUCUGGCAAAAGGAAAGGUUUUUUAAAAUCCCUUAGUACAUUCGGAUAAAUUUUAACAGAGCUUUUCAAUAAAAUAGUUUCACGCUCGUAAUUUAAUGAGCUUUCUCUAAGUUGAUACCUAAUUAAAGAGAUAAAACUAUUAAGUUAUUUUCUGUAUUACAUAAUGGCUUAUAAAACGUUGUAUGUGUGUGAUAGCAGGUAGAGCAGUUCAGUUAAUAAGUUUUUGUGAAAAAAAGGUUAUAUUCUGGGCACUUUUUUCUACAGGAGUUAUGGAAGAUGAGGAAUUCACGCCUGAGCAAAGGAAAGGACUUCGCGAACUUCUACUUGAAUGUUUAGAACACUUCGAUGAACAAGAAAUGUUGGAUUUUUUGACACAUUCCAUCGAAUUCAGAGUCAAGUUUUGUCCUCCGCCGCAUUACCUUCUACCUCCUGGCCUUUAUCCCAGUACGUUUCCAGGCGCUGAGUCGGGACCUAGCAUCACUCCGAGGUCCCCUUCAAAACCACUUGGCAUUACUCCCAGGUCCCCUACAAAAACGCCUUUGCCCAAUUCAAAAGCUAAUCCCAAGACAAGAGCAACUACCACUUCCAGUGGCCAAACCUCAGCAAGUCCCAUAACCACAGACGCUGCCACCCAGUCAGCCUUGGUUAAAGAACGCCGACUCAUUGAAAACGCAGUCUUUGAAGACGACAUGGCUGAUUUAGCUGAAGACGUUACAUUCGAAGACGCAGCCCUCUCAAAAAUCCAGUCUGACGAGCCUGUUUUGAAUCAAAAAGGCAUUAAAGACGAUGCUAAAGCGGAAGUAGUCAAAGAGGCAUCCAAUAAGCGUGCUUCUUCGCCUUGGAAUUCUCGUUUUGUCGGAAUAGGUGAAAAAGAUUCCACAAAGAAACUUGCCCAACGAAUGAAGAAGCUUCUUUCACCCCAGCAAUUGAAGCUCAGCAAGGCAGAUUUGGCUCCUGAAAAAGAAAUUGCCGGGUCCCCUGAAGACGAAGCACAGAGCGACAUAGAGAAGCCCGAAGUUGUCGGACGCGCUAUCGAGGAACUCGUUGAACCAGCCAAACGACUGGCGAAGAAGUCUUCUUCUCUCGAAUCAAAACUUACUUUGUCGAACCUCGUCUCUGAUAAAAAGUCCGUUUUAAACGAGCCAGUCGAUCCAGGCGAGUCAGAGUCCAAACAACCGAACGACCGGUCUAUCGUCGGCUCCUCGGAGAAAGUCGGAAAAACGUCUUUGUCGACGAACAGCGACGAGGGCGAGUUCUCCAGCAUAAUGACGAUCGACUACAGCGAAGCAACUCACGAGGCAGAUGCUGGCGUCGUUGGAGUCAACUUGGGGCUUAUUGCCGAGUCAAAUGAUGAAUUGUCGUAA